CGAGUCAUUCUGGCACGCGUUUCUCAGUGUGCGUAUCCAAGUAAUUAUUUCUAAACGCUGCGGCGUAUUUUAAAAAAAAGCACGUUAAUACUAACUCCAAAAGUGUUUUCACCAUCUCCUCUUCAGUGCACUACAAAACAAGUUCCCUAAGGUAUAUUGUGAUAAACCUAGAAAUGAAAACUUACGUUGUUAAAACAAAAUUAUUGUAACAAUUCACGUUACCAUGAAGUCCACGAUUAAUUCUCUAGGUUGUCUGAUUCAUGCCUAACCCCAGGGUGUCGGGUGCAUGGUAACGAUGUCUACCGAUGAAGGCAGUCUGAAUCUUUACGAUGACGAAUAUUUCAUGGACAGCCUGCAAUCAGCCACAGGCUGGACCAAUAACCCGCCUCUAAUCACUAAGUCGCAAGUGCCUAGUCUAUCCACCAUUAUGGAACUCGAAGACAAAGAUGUGUUGAGGGAGACUGAGCCCAUCAAUACUGAAGUGUGGGAAACUAACGAUCAUGAGCCAGAGCUUGUCCUCGAUAUUGAACUUGAAGAGGGAUGGGAGAAAGGACCACGUCCCACUGCAGCCGAGUUGGCAAGCGACUUCGAAGGAGGAGCUGGGGAUGGCUUGGACGAAAACACACCGAGCUAUCAAUCACCGGGUUUUUCUCUUCGGCGGAGCUGGGGACUAGCGUCACCAUGGCAUGAAAGCCGCUCAUUCGGCCGGUCUCCGCGUGCAUCCAUCAUGUUGGUGUCUCAGUCAGUCGGUCCUGGUAAACUUAUUGUCAAGAGAAACGAGAAAGAGACGUUAAGGAGUGAGGAUCAGCUUGCCGUAACCUCCCCGGAAUUCAUGAUGUACACUCCGGCGGCUACCACUCCUACGAAGCGGUCAGUCCUCCUUCAGACCUCGGCCAAUUCAAUCCUUGCUGCUAGGGGUAGGAAGCUAUUUGCUCGAGCUAGGGAAAUCAAUUCUGAACAAGCUGAAGACUCGGAGAGAAUUGCCAGUGACGCUAGUAUUACGAUGAUCCCUCGGCCAGAGAGUUUCUUCCUCCCAACUUGGCGGGAGAGAAGAGUAGUGUCCUGCCGUGCAAGAAACAUCAAUCACAGCAGCUCCCGGUCCAAGGUUUUUCCUUGGCAAUCUUUUUCCAUUCUCGACGAGACUCUCUGCUUUGAUGACGAGGACGACGUCAUCAAAUACCCUAGGGACAUCAAUUUCAGGAAGGCCAGGUCUCAUCCUUCCUUGACCUUUGCUGGGCACCAGUCUGCUGUUACAACUCGCAACGUGUCAUCGUCAACCUGCCUAGGUCAUGACAGAAACGGUCUUGCGGACCACGCUAAGUGCUUCAGAACUGAACUGACACCUACUCAUUUUGAGGAUGACACAAAAACAACCGACGCACAUUCAACAGAAACUUCUUGCCUUGGAGCCACCAAGCUGCCUCCCCAUCAAGAACUCAGCAACAUGUCUAAAACCGAUGUUGAUGAACUUUCUAAUAAUGUUCCAGACAGUCAGAGCAGUUCAAAUGCAAAGACAGAGACCGCAUCCCGUGGAAACAUUUCUCAAGCAGAGUUAACCACUUCAAAACCGCUACCCCUGGAGACAAUCAGACAGCCCACAGCUCCCACGAAAACGACCAGAAAGCCUCGACUCUCCCAUGUUCCUGGGUCAAAGCGGACUUCAGCACAUUUCAACAACUCCUCAGAAUCAGCAGCAUCCAAAUCCCCAGUCAAUGAUACUAAGGACGUUGCUGAUCAACAGCAAGUUGACCAAACUCGCAUUCUUAUAACGGGACCAUUCCACAUCCCCCAUCCCCCUCCUUUACCACGCCCACCACGUUCAAUGCCAGUUGUACCAUGCUCGAAGAAUCCCAAACGCUGCCCAGACCAUUCUAUGCGACAAAGCUCUGAGCACAAGGGUGUCGAAAGCAGUGAAGAAUGGCAGAUCGCUCGGACGUCGUUCGUCACACUCGUAGACCAACCAUCCAAAGAAAUCAAAAAGCAGCAUUCCAUCCGUCAAGCCAGCAUCCCCUUAUCAUCAAACGAGGCAAGGCGAGAGCUCGUGGUCAGUGCAAUCCAUCCAAUCCCAUAUCAGCCGGCGGCUCGCAGCAACAACCAACGAGUCGUGCCUCCAAUCAGCACGGUUGCCUCGGCGAGUAUUCCGAGACUCCAGUCAGGUACAAAGCGGGGAGUAUUACCGAGCAACGUCUGCAACUGGGAACUGCCUUGUUCAGGAAAGCCAGAUGCAGAGUUGGAUAACCCUCCGGGGAAGUCUGCAAUAUCGAGGCCCAAGGAACAAUCCGAAAAGAGAAACAUUCUGGGACAAAAACGAGAUUCUAAAUCAAAUGCUGGAGCAAGGUUUAUUAAAACAUCUUUAGGGCUUUCCGGACCAAUACAGCAGAGAUAUAGCUUUGGAGGAACAAUAUCAUGUCAGUAUGGUUCAUCCCUUGGACAUACCUCAAGGGGUUCGGUGCUCCAAGAUAACGCAUGUCGUCAUCAAGUAGUGUUGACUCCGCCAUCGUUUAGGUCAGUGUUUUCAGAGAGGCCGGUGGCUACCGGACAAUCGGUGCCGUUUGAUUUCCAAGCAAGUCUUCGUAAGCCAACGGUAGGACCAAUGCAACUAGCGCGACAUGUUCCCAGACGUCUCAAUAUUCACCUGGUCCCGGCAGUUGAACUAGGAGCCUGCUGGAAAGCAAACCUGGCCGACCCGCCGCUUGAAACGCGGUGCGUUCCCAAUUCCUUUUCUUCCGUCAGCAACCAAGGCCCAAUUUCGUUAAAACCUCGCGCCCAAGUGUCCAAACAGGUGCAAAGUCACGUAAAACCACUCGGAAAGUCAUUUCAAGUACAGAGAAAUACCGAUACAACAUGCACAAAGGAUGCCGCUCGUUUAUACAGAAAAACGGCAGGAAAACUCUCAUUCCACUCAGCCGUCUGGGAAACUCAGGGCGUGUCACGUCGCCAACAGUCAAAGAAGACAUCGUUGACAUCACUCCGUGAACACAGAAGAAAUUAGAAAAUGGAUACGCAACAAGUUUUUGACCAAUGAAGAAAUUCUGGCAGUGGAAUUAUUUAAAGACACUGUGAACGCAGUUUUCAUAAAAUCAAACAAAAGAGAAAACAGAGUAUUUUCAUUUUUUUUCUCCUUGAGAAAAUGACAUAAAACACAAAAGUAAUAUUUUUUUCAGUCCCUAACCACUUUCAGUAUUUUCAAUUAUUCGGUAACUAAUGUUCUAAACCAAAUCUAGAUUGAACACGUGGAAACUUGUUUAGGUGUAAUAAUUAAGGAGAUUAAUCAGAAUCGUGGCUGUAGGCCAGGGAGUAUAAGUAUAAUGGAUGCACAAUUCGAAAUUAUACGAAUCACAUCAUCGCAAGCAAAGGAAAUGCGCCGAACAAUGCACAGAAACCCCAAAUCCUGAAUUUAAUUUGUGACAUUGUAGAGAAUUGUGCUCGAGCUCGUAAUCAAGCGGCUAACUAUUUCUAUUUUCGGGGGGAGGGGGUUACAAUGUACUGCACUUUAGAGAUUUCUAAGUUUGUAAAACGCUUGCGUACAAUGGCAAUCCUCGAGUUAAACACUCACCGGUUCUUCUCAGAACCACACCUCUUCCCAAAAGAGAGUAUUACACGGUGUACCCGCAAACCUACAUCCAAUCCUCGCGUAUUUUCAAAAACUGUGUCUUGUUGUGAACUUCCAAAAUAAAACAGUUUUCCAUCCUUGGAAUGGAAACAGUUUUCCUAAAAAAAAUCAUAGCAACCCCAAGACUAGAGCAAAGAUGGUUCAAAGUUUGACCGUAGUUCUUUCAAUAAACCAAUUUCGAUCUAUUUAAUGAAUGAGCUGCUCUUUAACUGUAGAGAGCAGUCUUCGUUACGUAAGGUGUAUUUUAACUGUGGCUGUACUCUCGUAACUAGGGUUAAUUUUCAGAGGGGACACACAACAGUUUUAUAUCCAGCGGGAGCAACUUGCCCCCACGACGGAUUUUUAAAAACCGAUUUUUAGUAAUUAUAUUUUAUUAUCAAAUUUUGCACGAAAACCCUAAGAAAAUAACACCACGAAAUAAAAGCAAGGAUGUUGGGACCGCGAGUAAGGCUUCUGAUUUCUGCCCAACAUCAUAGGGGUGUAAUCCACCAAAUGGUUGUAUCCGCGAGCG